UUUAUUGGCCAUCUAUAUAUAAACAAAGCCAGUUUAUCCGAUACCUUAUUUUGUUAUAUCUUGCACACAUUAUACUGAAAAAUUAAAGCUUCAAACAUGAACACAAAUGGCAUAUAUUGUUUUAACCGAUUGAAAGGUGCAGCUGAAGCAGGUGAUAUAGAUCUCCUCUACACAGUAAUUCAAGAUGAUCCAUACAUUUUGGAGCGUAUAGAUUUAAUACCAUUUGUUGAAACUCCUUUACAUACGGCUGCAUCUAUGGGUCAUCUUCAAUUUGCCACUGAAAUUAUGAAUUUGAAACCUUCAUAUGCUUGGAAACUAAAUCAGCAAGGAUUCAGUCCCAUCCAUCUUGCUAUGCAAAAUGGCCAAAAGAGUUUCGUGUCUCAAUUUGUGAACAUCAAUAAAGAACUUGUUAGAGUUCAAGGAAGAGAAGGCUUAACUGCUCUUCAUUUUGCAAGUCAAAUUGGAGAGGUUGACCUUUUAGCUAAAUUCCUCCUUGUAUGUCCUAAUUCCAUUAGAGAUGUGACUGUGAGGUGUGAGACCGCAUUGCAUAUUGCUAUCAAGAAUGAACAAUAUGAGGCCCUUCAAGUACUUGUUGGAUGGCUCGAAACAAAUAAACAAAGAGGCGCUGUAGAGCUGGAAAAUGGAAUAUUAAACAAGAGGGACGAUGCAGGCAACACCAUUUUGCAUGUUUCAGCACUAAGUAUUGAGCCGCAGAAACUUCUAUUGUUGCUAAGUACUGGUAUAAAUUUCGAGGCAAAGAAUUUGGAGAACAAAACAGCAUUAGACAUAGCAAGCACUCCAAAGAUCAAGAGUAUAUUAUUAAGGGCAGGAGCAAAAUCUAGCAUGGAAGUCGCUGAUGCUCCCACACUUGCACAUAUGCUAAGGUCGAAGAAAACAACUAUGUAUAAAUUGUUAAUUCAGACAAUUCGUAUUAGAAGUGACAUGACAGAGGAGCAACGCAACAUUUGGUUAAUAGUCGCAGCUCUUAUUGCGACUACCAUGUAUGAAUCAGCUCUGACUCCCCCUGGUGGAGUUUAUCCGAGUAGUGCCGGUGACAAUAGUUUGAACAUCACUUCCUCCAAUUCUACUAUUUCUAGUACCCAAGGAAAUGUUGGGAAAUCUGUCUUGUCAGAAGCUAUUUUCUGUCUGUUUUCAGUUUCAAAUAUGCUUUCCUUUUAUACAUCAAUUACAACAAUAAUUAUUAUGACCUCAAGUGUGAUGCAAUGCAUGGUUGUGUACAUGCUAAUGUAUUGGUUUUCCCUUUGUUAUAUGAUCUCUAUGUUGAAGAUAUCCCCUGCAUAUGCCAGCGCCAUUUUUGUUAAAAUCCCUUUUGUUGUUCUUAUAACUGGCCCAUUUGUUUGUUUAACUUUUGUUGUCUACUCAAAACUUCAGCAUGAGCGCAAUGCAAAGAAACUUGAUAGAUCAUAGUAAAAACGUUGAUGCAAAAGGAGAAACACCAAAGAAGGUUGUGGAUCAGAGAGAUGGUACAAUCACUAAUGAGAUCUGCAACUCAAAACACGACUGCUGGCCGAAUUCUCACAACAACUAAUAUCUCAAUAUCAAGUGUAUCAAAUAUUUGCAAAGUUUUCAUUUUCAUUGUCAUUGUUUUCAUUUGUUGUUCUUGUUCCAUUUUAGCAAAAUGUGAGUCUAAGUGUAUCAAAUAUUUUAAUAUUAUCUUGAUUUUAUUGAA